CGUGCCGCGGGCCAAUGGAGGGGCAGGAGACAGCUUGACGUCCAAUAGGAGAGGCCCUAUCGCUUACACCUGUCUGGCAGAAUGCGGGAGAUCGUGCAUAUUCAGGCCGGCCAGUGCGGUAACCAGAUCGGGGCCAAGUUCUGGGAAGUCAUCAGUGAUGAGCAUGGUAUUGAUCCCACAGGAACAUACCAUGGAGAGAGUGAUCUGCAGCUCGAGAGAAUUAAUGUCUAUUACAAUGAGGCCACAGGUGGUAAAUAUGUGCCUCGCGCUAUACUGGUGGACCUGGAACCUAGUACCAUGGACUCUGUUCGUUCUGGACCUUUUGGGCAGAUUUACAGACCUGAUAACUUUGUGUUUGGACGCAGUGGUGCCUCUAACAACUGGGCCAAAGGUCACUACACUGAAGGUGCUGAACUGGCCGACUCAAUUAUGGAUGUGGUGAGGAAGGAGGCCGAGGGGUGUGACUGUCUCCAGGGAUUUCAACUCACUCAUUCACUGGGUGGUGGUAGUGGUGCUGGCAUGGGCACUCUCAUCCUUAACAAGAUUCGUGAAGAAUACCCUGACAGAAUGAUGCUCUCUUUCAGCAUUAUUCCAUCACCCAAAGUAUCAGAUGUUGUAGUUGAACCGUACAAUGCCACCCUGUCAAUUCACCAGCUCAUUGAGAAUACAGAUGAGACAUUUUGCAUUGAUAAUGAAGCUCUCCACGAUAUUUGUUUCCGAACUCUCAAACUUACCAGCCCCACGUAUGGUGACAUGAACCAUUUGAUAUCUGCCACGAUGAGUGGUGUAACCACCUGCCUUCGCUUCCCUGGCCAGCUCAACGCUGACCUCCGUAAACUAGCAGUGAACAUGGUCCCCUUCCCUCGCCUGCACUUUUUUGUGCCUGGCUUUGCUCCUCUGACCAGCCGUGGUAGCCAGCAGUACCGCGCCAUCACCGUGCCCGAGCUCACCAAGCAGAUGUUCGAUGCUAAAAACAUGAUGGCGGCCUGCGACCCUCGGCACGGCCGCUACCUGACCGUUGCCGCUAUUUUCCGGGGCCGUAUGUCCAUGAAAGAAGUGGAUGAACAAAUGCUGAACGUGCAGAAUAAAAACAGCGCGUACUUUGUGGAGUGGAUCCCGAACAACGUCAAGACGGCUGUGUGCGAUAUCCCACCCCGAGGACUCAGGAUGGCCUCCACUUUCAUCGGCAACACGACAGCCAUCCAGGAGUUGUUCAAACGCAUUGGUGAGCAGUUCUCCGCCAUGUUUCGCAGGAAAGCCUUCUUGCACUGGUACACCGGCGAGGGCAUGGACGAGGCUGAGUUCACCGAUGCCGAGGCUGACAUGCUUGACCUGAUAGCUGAGUAUCAGUAUUACCAGGAAGUUAAAGUUCAUGAACAACCCGAGUAUUAUGUCGAUGAAGACGAAGAGGAGGAGCCCUGAAUACAGCUGACGUGAGAUUACAACUUGUAAGAGGGAGGCACCCUCUUUCUUCUGCACUAUCCAAGUCUCAUUUCAAUACUGAUUGAACUGCAAUUAAAGAUGCCUGACAGCUCUCAGAGUAUUGACUUGUUAAGAUUAGAAUUAACAUGUGCUUUUUAACAUUGACUGUAUAGGCAGGAGAAAAACCACAGCCCAUUUUGGGUUCUUAUCCCACACAACUCUUAACAGUACAUUUCUACAAGCCCUGAAACGUGAUGCCUGCAUUGGUGAAGAAGGUGAGUACUUCCCAUUGUUAUACGAGAUUUUUCUCACAACUGAAAACUUUUAUAUUAUGUCGUAAAAUGUUUACAUGAGCUAAGGAACAGGGAACUUGUAUUUCUGCAGCAUCUGCCAUGAUAUCAGGGUGCUGAAAGUACUUCGCUGUUAAUGAACUACUUUUGAAAGUGCAGACAUUCUUAUAAUGUAAGAAACAGAAUCAUUAAUUACACACCAUAAUGUUCCAUAAAAAUGUACGUGUAACAUCCAGAUAAUCUGUUUCAGUGUAGGAAGGAACUGCAGAUGCUGGUCUAAAUCAAAAAUAAUCUUUAGAAGUCUCGACCAUGUGGAGAGAAAAACAGCAUUAAGAUUUCAGGUCAAUGCCUUUUAUCAGAAUUGGAAAAUUAAGAAAAGAAGCAUGUUUAAAUUGCAGAGAGUGGGAGGGGUGGAGAAUACUAAGAAUAUCAGUGAGG